AUGUCAAGAUGGCGGCGGGUGUCGACGAGAAAGAUAAAAAGACAACAGUCUUUCUCCAUCCCGACCUGGGAAUUGGCGGCGCAGAAAGAUUGGUUGUCGACGCCGCCGUAGGCCUUCAGAACCGUGGCCAUAAGGUGGUCAUCUUUACCAGCCAUUGCGAUCCCAGACACUGCUUUGAUGAAGCUCGCGAUGGAACCCUCGACGUUCGCGUCCGCGGCAACUCCAUCAUCCCCCCCUCCCUCCUCGGCCGCUUCUCCAUCCUCUGCGCCAUCCUCCGCCAACUCCACCUAAUCCUACAAAUCACCCUCCUAACCUCCGAACUACGCACCCUCUCCCCCUCCGCCUUCUUCGUCGACCAACUCAGCGCCGGUCUACCCCUGCUCAAACUCCUCGUCCCGACCUCUCCCAUCUUCUUCUACUGCCACUUCCCCGACCUGCUCCUCGUCCAGGGGCGCCAAAAAUGGUACAAGCGCCUCUACCGCCUGCCCUUCGACAUCUGGGAAGAAUGGUCCAUGGGCUUCGCCGAUUCCAUCGCCGUCAACUCCUCCUUUACCAAAGGGAUCGUCUCUCAAACAUGGCCCAGUCUCGCCAGCAAACGCAGCCUGGAAGUCGUCCACCCAUGCAUCGACGUGCGCUCUACUUCCGACGCCAGCCAAAACCCCAAUGACGACGACAAGGAUGUACUCCCCUGGACCAAAACGGGCAUUAUCCUAUCCAUCAAUCGCUUCGAGCGCAAAAAGGACAUAGCUCUGGCCAUCAAGGCCUUUGCCUCUCUCUCUCCUGAGCAAAGGGGGAAAGCAAAGUUGAUUAUCGCGGGGGGGUAUGAUAACCGCGUGCAUGAGAACGUGUCUUACCAUAUGGACCUGGUGGACCUCGCUGAGGGCGCUCCUUACCAUCUCAAGACGGCUACAGCCAAGACGGUCGUGUCGGCGCUGAAUACCUCUCCUGAUGUGGAAGUCCUUUUCCUGUUGUCGGUUCCCAACACCCUCAAGGAAAUCUUGCUGCGGUCAGCAAAGUUGUUGGUUUACACGCCCAGCAACGAACACUUUGGGAUCGUGCCGCUUGAAGCCAUGUUAAGGGGGGUGCCGGUUUUGGCGGCGAAUAAUGGUGGACCGACGGAGACGGUGGUGGAAGGGGAGACGGGGUGGUUGAGAGACCCGAAUGAAGUAGGGGAGUGGGCCAAGGUUAUGGAUAAGGUGUUGAAUGGGAUGGGGGAGGAAGAGUUGAAGAAGAUGGGGAGGAAGGGGGUGGAGAGGGUUAAGAGUAGGUUUGCGGAUACGCAGAUGGCGGAGAGGUUGGAGGAGAUCAUUGAAAGGAUGCCCAAGGGGGAGGCGGCGCAGAGUGGCAUGGUUGUUUUGGUGGUGGGAGCUGCGGUGGCGGCUGUUGCGGGGGUUGUCAGUGCUGUGUAUUGGAAACUUUGGUGAGCGGGUUGUUUGGUGUUUUUGAAAUAAAUGGUGAUGGCUUUGUAUAGAUAGAUAUCGCUGGGUUGAAGUCCUUGUCACGGAUAAUAAAUAUUGAAUAUCACUACCUACCUUCUGAG